AACUGCGUCGAUUUUUAUUUAUGUAGUCUUUGGCAAAACCUCAAAAUUGGUCAGUUUAUUCAGUUUGGAUGUGAAAUAUUCACUGCAUGUCAUCUAUAGCCUACCAAUUGUGUAUUGUGCAAUAAUUAAUCUGCAUGAAACCAACUUAACGUUAAAACGCAGUUGGCUUGACAGUUGGUAGUGUGUUUUAUGCAAUCAUCACAUCUGUGCUCUUCCGCAAUCUAUUUGAGCGAUCUUUCACGAGCUGCCCAUGACAGGUGUAGCGCAGUAACCCGGAAAUAAGAAAAAGGAAAACAACAGUGUUGUAUUACCAGAAUACAUUUACUACCAUCUAGGUAUCUUUACACUGAAGUCAUGGAUAAGAGCGUUCAACAGGAUUUUGAGAACCAGUUCAAUGAUGUGGUCUCAAGGAUAGAGUCCAAGAACUUCUUUCAGUCGGACUGGGACAUUGCCUCCUUUGCCGUUUUCUUCAUCUUUAUAGGCAUGGUCCUUUUGCUUGUUAUCUUGGUUCUUAUCCGCUGCUGUUGCUGCUGCUGUUGUGAUGAGAAGCCAAGAAGACAGAAGGUGGGCAUCGACAACAUGGGCAUGGAGCCAUGAUCUUCCAUAAAAAAGAAACAACUACAUGCAAAUCACACAAAAUAAUACACUAGUUGAAUUAGUAAGUUACUAAUCACUCUUUAUACUUGCACAAGUAACUGAAAAUCGUAGAAAUUGUAGAUACUUCUUUAAGGAUGAUAAAAGUGAAAGAUAUUUCCUUAUUAUGUCAAACAUCUAUUUAAUAUUUAGCCAGGGGUUGUUAAAUCAUACUCUACAGAAGUUGCACACUGAAUGUUGGACUAUUUGCAUGCCAAGACAAAAUCAUUUCUUUUGACAUUUCAUUUUGAAAGAAUUGGUUGGAUAAUCUGUAACCUAGUUAUCCGAGAUUCUACUUAGCCAACACCUUAUACUUUACUCAGCCAUACAAGAUGUGUUGGAUUUCUAUUUUUCUGACUGAUAAAUCUGAAAUGUACAGUGCACUUUGAGAUUUUUCAUAUUUUUAUAUUUAAAAAUUUGAAAUAGCUCACUUUAUUGAUGUAUAAGAAUAGCAGAAACUAUUGUAACCAAUGUUUUACUUAUGGAAACAUUUUUAGAGUGUACUACAUUAUUUGUAUAAAUUAAGACUUUGUAAGCCAGUGGUUCUCAAACUUUUUGGUGUGCCCCCCCCAAAGAAUAUUCAUGACAUAAAACAAAUCUCAAACUUAGAAUUAAAUCAAAACAUUAAAUGAUACAACAUAGUGCUUUUGGUAAGUAGCCUUACUUUUCUGAGGUUAAAUUACUGAGAAUUAACAAUAAAUAAAUGUAUCUAUAAAAAAAAUUUAAUAUAACUUGGGCCCCCUGGCACCAUCUCGCACCCCCCAGUUUGAGAACCACUGUUAUAAGCAAUAAAAUGACAAAAACAAAUGCUGAAAACUCUACUUUUUGGUUGCCAUAUAAAUGCACAAAAUAAAAUGCCUUUACAAUUCA